CGAGAAAUGAGGGUGAGGCUAGUUAGGUAGAUCUAGUGUUAGAGACUGCAUUAAGAAAUUAGAGAAAUGAAGCUCACUAUAAGGAUUCAUUUCUUGCUGUAUGUCAUCCUAGCAAGUGCUAAAGGAGAGUUUAUUCGUCCUUUAAGACAUACUUUACCAAAUGGUCUUAUGUCACUGAGUGGGUCUGAUGCUAAUGGAGGCUGCCCUCAAGAGUGUGUGGAUAAUACAAAUAUUGUUAGCGUUUGUCAAUGUUUUGGUAAUACACCAACUAACUCAACUCUCAUUGGUGGGGUGUGUCCUACAAGUGUGGACACCACUGAGCCAACUUGGGCAAGAGAUUUCUUUACUAUUAGUAGAAAUGGGGGGACACAAUUAAUAAUUGGAUUUAACUGGAAUACUGGAUUCAUGCUCAGAGGAGUUGAACUGAAACUGUUUAACUGUCCAACACUGAAUACUGACAUUCAUACCAUCAAUGUGUGGGAGUCCAUCAACUACCCAAACUUCAAUCCCCUAGCUGCAACACUAGUAGGAAACUAUGUAACAAAUGGAGAUGAUCUGAACUGUAAUUCUGUGACAACACUUGUUAUUCCAACAGUUUCAAUGUUCAAUUUCAGAACCUAUUACAUUGAGUUUGAAUUUGAACAAGGAGACAGUAACACUGACAUCUUCAUAGCUGAGGCUAGAUUCAGUGACACAACUAUUACCAUCCCCAAUGAAGUCACCUCAUCUCCUCCAUCACCAGCUGUCACCUCAACCCCUCAACAACCCUCACCAUCCUCAACAAUUAUCUCAACAUUUGUUCCAAUGAUGUCAUCUAUGGACACUACCCUAUUAAGCUCACCUGUUGUGACUGUGACGACUGCCCCAAUUCAAAAAACAAGUUCAUCGUAUCGAUUAUCAACAAUGCAACUAACAGCGACACCCACACCUACAGUUACACCUAUAGGCUUCACUGACUUCUCAACUGACCCCCCACCUAGAUCAAGUGACCCCCAGCUGGGUGCAAUCGUUGGUCCACUAGUCGGAGUGAUUGUUGUACUCAUUUUCAUUAUAGUGAUUGUUUUACUAUGGAAACAGAAAAGAAAUGCAGAAAGGAACAGACCAGAAGGAAUCAUUCAAACGAACGAUCUUACUAAUCGGUCCUCUGCAAUCGACUCAGAAAACAUUGACCUGAAAACAAACCAGGCUUAUGGAAAUAUCGAGCAUGGAGAAACAGCUGUAACUGUUGCUAACCUGGUUGCUAACCCUUCCUACGAGAGUAUGCCCCCACCCAUUGCCCGACAGAGUGUAGAGUAUGACUACAUUCCUGACCUACUCCAUGGCAACACGCCGACUAGUAACAGUGGAGAUGGGACUGAGGACAGUAACGGUAGACCUACUUCUGUAGUGUAUGAGGAAAUACCUGCCUAGCUUCAGCACAUUGUACACAAACAAGUGUUUGCAAUGUUUACUUUUAUGAUAAUUCACAAAAGCAGUUUGUUUUUGUUUGAAGGGUACAACA